CGUAAACAUAAAUUGAUUGUUGACACUAAAAAUUUAUUUAAUAUAUUAUUCUUGAUGAAAUGUUUAAAAAAAGUGCUAAAGCUUAAAAAUAGGUGCUGUGUUACGUUUACCUUUGUGCUACCAUAAAUAGUGCUAAGUAAAAAUUUGUCGAAGAGAUGCGAUGAAAUAAUAAUAACUUAGAUCAAUUUGAAAAUGGCAUACAGCAGUAACAUCAUCCUAAGCGGUGACACACUAGGUGAACGCCAUUUACACCUAAACAGACUCGUCAGAGAAACUAAAGAUACAGGAAAUGCAGCACUCAUCAUCAAAAUCCACCCUGAAAAUACAGUCAUUGACAAAAUUUUCAAAAUAGAUCUAGCAGUUAAAAAUAAGGAUGUCGAAUAUAUUCUAAACACACUAAAGGAUCGCGAUAUGCUUUAUGUAACUAGAGCCCUCAAAUGUGAUUGGCUUUUAUAUGAAGAGUAUAGUGGAAUUAUAAAUCCAAAGAACUUAGAAGAAAAUCUGUAUGGAGAAAUGAUAAAACCAGCUGUUAAUAAAAUUAAACAUUUCAUCCAGAUUAAAUUGAAAGUUCCCGAACGAUGUGAGGAAUUUUAUAAAUAUUACAAAUCUGAUUUUAAUGAAUCAAUUAAAUAUAUGAGACAUUGUUCUCCUGAAUUCAUUGCCGAACAGGUUGCUGAUAUAAUUGAAAAAUUGACACCCAAUCACUUAGAAAUAUUAUGCAAACUUAAUCCAAUUGUUGGCAAAUUAUACUUUGAUCUGUUGAAAGCAAAUAGAGACGCGUUAGCACGAUACCUAGAGAAUGAGCAAAAGUAUUUCGACAGUCUGAAAUCUAUUUUAAAAUCUGAUGGUAAUUCAUAUUUAGAUCUUGUGGAAUGUUAUUUUAAUGUUGAUAACUUCCAGCGUCUAAGUGUGUCAUCAUCUAAAUUUAUUAUGCAAAACUAUAAAGAAAGAUUCAUGCAAAAAUGCGAGAUGUACACUCUUCAAAUUCUGAAUAUAAACGCGGUUGCACAAUGUUUAUCAUCUGAAGAAUGCCAAGAGCUCGUGUUGAAAUUGGCCAGGUCGCAAUACCUUGAACAUUGGUUCUCGUAUCAAGGAGUAGAGCCUCUUAUUAAACGCAUGAAGCCAGACGAACGGAGUGCCUUUAAAAAAAGAGUGUUUGUUGAGAAGAAUGUUGGCGAUAAAAUUACUGAGUGGCCUUACCCUAAACCGAUGCCACUCGAACUUAGUAAUGAUGAUGAUCAUGUGUUUAAAGAUGUAGAACAGGAACUUUAUUUCGAUUUUGAAUGUGAGGAUUUCUGUGGGAGACCGAUGUUACGUAAACGUAAGUUUGCUGGUUACAGUGUUGCAAUGAAAUGUGGAAGUGGUUAUGCUAUACGCAAGACACCAUUAGAUAUACUUUUCGAUCGAUAUCGCUUCAUUGGCUUUACUCAAGCUUUCAAUGAACUCACCAAUCGCCUGCAAGCCGAGAGUACGAUACAAGGUAGGCAGAAUAUAAUGUUAGUUCUUGUCAGCAAAAGCGGUGGCGUUAUACAGCGAGUUGAGACAUUGCUGAAGUUGCUUGUAGAGCGUCAUAUAAACGAACCGAGUAACUUACGAGCAGCCAUUGUAAGGUCUCUCGUAAAACGGGUAUCUUGCUGGCGAUUACCUGAUAACGUGUGGAGUCUUAUCUUAAACUUUGGCCAUGGGUUAGGUCUCGACGGAGUCAUCGGUGAACUGCUAUGUGUAGAAGGCCUGCAUGCUUCGUUGCUCCACUAUAUAACUAAUGGAAUUUGUCCUCCAAAAAUAUUGAUGGAUUCUUAUAAAAAUAAUUUUUCAACGUUUAAAGAUUAUAAGCUAAAUACAUCAGAGAUAUCGUCAAUCGAAAAUCAUUUGCUGCCAUUGCUUCUGCCCGAUUACCCAAAGGAAUUUGUAGAUUUAGUCACAACAUACAAAAUGAAAGUCAAAACAGUGCCCGAGGCUGAUCGUAUACUGACAGAAGCGGCGCGAAAUAAUCUUGAGUUAAUAAACAAAUUAUACGAUAGUCGCAUAGCUCGUCGUCAACUAAUAUCACUAACAUUUCCAAUCAAACAAAAUGAGGCUUCAUAUAUAAACGCUUUAAGACAUGAUGUUACUUUGUUGGACAAUGGAGAAAGCUUUGCGAAAUUAGUUACAAAAAAAACAGUAAACCAUGACCGUUUCCUGUCGAGCUUGAUGAUUUAUUUCGGCGAGACUAACGGCUUGGCAAUGAAGCAUUUAUGUGCUUUAGAAAAAGUAGCCAAUGAGAAGUUGAAGCCUUCAUUAGCUAGGCCGUUGACAAAGUUAUCUUCUGAUCAGAUGCUGCUGAAAAAAUUGCAAAAUCUGAAUGUGACAAAUAAAGAAACUCGCAGGUUCGCAGCAGCAUUGAAAUCCAAUGCACAUAAUACGAGUCCAUCUGUAAAUAUCGAUACCGUUGACUGGCGUUUCAUAGGCGCAAAAGCAGUCGCCAAUCAGGUAUUAGUUUGCGGAAGGAAUGCUAAAGAAAAUUAUAUAAAAUCUUGUCUCAAAUUGAACACAACAGCAAAAUUGGCGCUGAAGGCUGCAUUGUGUUCGCCUCUUGAAGUGGAAGCAUUCAAAAAUAUUGCUCUUAUUAAACCAGAAGUUGCAUUAAUGGUUGCCCUAAAGUGUUACUUCCAGAAGAGAGAUAAGAUGAAUGUGGAUGUUUGGGACAUCCUUAAAGAUUUACUCUUACAUUUAGACACCAAAAAACUAUCACCCAAACUACAAAGUAAACUUUGUCUGCCAGAAAAGGUUCCGGAAAACAUCGAAGCUAAUUACUUUUCUACAAUUUACCAAUCUUUUAAGAAAACAAACAAAGAGAAAUUGUUUAUCAUACUUCCAAAUAUUGAGAAACAUAUUACCGAUAUUGAUGAUGACGUAGUUCGUGAAAUCAUAUCUGACUUUAUUGAAAAAUGUACGUACAAAGAAAACGACAAAGACUUUACGAAGCCUGUGAUUAGUAGGUAUUUACGAAUUAUCGCAAAAUAUUUGCUAUUAUCGAGGACGGCAGACAUUCAAUGUUAUAAAAUCGAGAAUGUUCUGCAUCCGUUAUUUGAUCGAAUGGAAAGUGUUUGGACUGAACGCGAAUCGGAUAUAUUAGAAUAUAUUAAAGAAUUCUUGCAGACAUUAAAGUAUACCAAAGCAUUUAUGGAUCCACAAUACGUAUCAGUUUUUCCAAUGUUUGAAAAUCUUAUAUGUCGUCUUCAAAAAGUACUACCACGAGUAAAACAUUUCGAAACCUACGUAAAAAUACAUUUAACAAUGCUUUAUUUCAAAUCAAUAAGGCACGCUUUAUCAGAAAACAAUAAUUUAUUUAGAGAAACAAACAAAACCAACGCAAUGAAGGUUGUCGGAUUUAUCUUAGGAGAGAACAUUGGAAGCGAAAUUAAAGAGCUGGCAACAGAAUACUUCGUUUCCAUAAUAGAUGUGUACAAAGAUGGCUUGUGCUUCUUUUUGAAUGAAUAUUUCCCUUGUAACGAAGGAAGAAAAGUCUUUGAAAUGUCUCUCAUUAAGGGUAUUUUGAAAAAAGAUUACUUAGAAGCACAUUUGUUAGCGCUGUUUGUUUUACAAUCGCAAUGUCAACCGCGCUAUGAACACUACAGUGAAGUAUAUGAAUACCUUAAACAGAGCAACUUCCAGGAAGUUCAAUUCUUUAUUAAUAAUGAAGUAUAUUAACAUAUGAUAAACCUGUAUUAUAUUAAAACGUAUACGUCCACACUAAACUUAAGGGAGAUUCAUCGGCUACCUUCAUGGUGUUUAUUUCAAAUCGCUGCUGGUGCGAAUUGUAAAAUUUUACUCCCAUUAUUUUACCGUAACGCGUCUGAACAAGUACAGUUAAUAUUUUGUCCAAAAGAAAACGUUGUAAUUAAAUACAUGAAUAAUAAAACACUCAAAUUUGGGAAUAUAUUAUGUAUUAUUUAUUUAGUAAGUGACGAAAGAUUGAAACUAUAACAUAAAUAUUUUAUGGAAGAGGACAAACGUGCAUAGGAACCUAACCUAGGUCACCUGACGGUAUGUGAUCACAGGCGCACACUCUUUCAAGACCGCAGCCUUUCUUAAGAUACUAUAACUUCAUUCCACUGUUUAGUUGUACAUGGCGGUUCCUUGUUAAACCGCACUCCACAUAUUCAUAUAAUAAGAAUGGUACCUUUUUAUGUAGGUUUGUGGUGCAAAAGUGGAUUUCGGCUGAGGAAUCAAUUUAAAAAUUUGAACAUUAGAAAAAUUCCUUGCCAUAGAUGAGGUAGAAAACACUCAAUGAUGCGACAUCUCUACGUAACGCCAUUAAUCAGAGUGCCUAUUAUAUAAUAUCACUGACGAUUGCGAUGCAAGGUUCGAGCAGCUCGAAUCGAGCUAAAGAUUACUACUAAAUAAAGUAAAAAAAAACGAGCUGAUACUUUUACUGAUAUUUAUCCUAAACACAGUUUCAGUUGACCGCGAAAUCUCUCAAUAUUUCGUGACCGAGAAAUGAUUUCUUUGUUCUUAUACCGCGCAAUUUUGGAGUUAAAUUGAACAAGGUUUGUUUUUCGAUCAUUCAGCGAAAUUUUUGAGAACAGGUGGGGAUUUCCGAUUGUGCUAAGCCUAAGUGUUUAUCGCGUAUAUUUUCCAAUAACAUACGCUUAUCUACAAACAUACUGGACUCGUUACCAUUGCUGGCAGCACACCAUCUCCUUCCAUCUAACUUGUCGGAGUACCUACUUGUUUACUACUUACCGAUGUACAGGGAAUGCUAAUAUCCUAAACACAGGAAAACUUUAUUAGUUAGAGCUCAGCCAUGUAUUCGUAGAUUGUUCAUAAUGUAGACUACAUACCUAAUAUCUGACAAAACAGCUUUUUGUGGAAUAAGGCACCAGCUUUUAUAAGCCUGGAUUGUGUCUUUCUAUUAUGAUUAUGAGUGGGCAUCACCAGACCGAAGCCGAGGUAGCCGGCGCGAGCGCACGUAUCACGACAUUAAUUUAAAUCUUUCAUUUACAAUAUUGUUAAGUUUACAGAAAUAUAUGUAUUUAAAGAUGGA